GGGGAUUGUUGCCAAUAAUGAAUCCCUGAGAUGGUGGGGUUCUUCUUCUAUCUAUAAAGCAAAGAGAGAAGAAAUUACGGAUUUUCCAUCAUUCCAGAACCGUAAUCUCCAAACCCCACUUCGUCAGAUACUAAAGAAGAAACCAACAGUUUCCAUACUUAGUAUUUCUUCUCUGACUGACUGAUCAGGUUGACAUCUUGACAUUGCAAUCCUGCCUUUUGGUUCCCCAUUUCCAUGUUUGUGGAUUCUUCCUGAUUCAAAGGCAAUCUAUUGUGUCUUCAUAGCUCAGUUUUUGAGCCUCAUCAGUUGCAACUUGCAACACAAACUUUAUCUAUAACUUGGUAUCUCUAAAGGACUCUCAGCAUUGAUCAAAAUGGGCCUCUCUAGUCUCCCAGCACCAUCUGAAGGAGUAUUAUGUGUCCUUCUGGUGAACACUGUAUUGUCAAUUUCCAUAUUCAAAGGCAUUGUAAGGACAAUCCUGCACAUUGUUGGCAUCCAUCUUCCAUCAUCCUCCACUUCACCCUCUUCACCAGAUCCCUCCCAAGCCGCACCUGAGUCAUUUGAAUUGCAUCUUAGUCCCUCGGAGAGUUACAUUGAAGAGUUCAGAAGCCGGACACCGACACUUCGGUUUGACAGUGUGUGCUGCUCUAAACGACUUGAACAUGACUGCUCUGUAUGCCUCACUCAGUUUGAACCCGAAUCAGAGAUAAACCGCUUAUCGUGCGGUCAUCUCUUCCACAAAGUGUGCUUGGAGAAGUGGCUGGACUACUGGAACAUUACAUGCCCACUUUGCCGGACUCCCUUGAUGCCCGAAGAUGACACACCUUGCUUUCAGUAAGCAAAACAAGUGAGCAUGCCAAUAAGAGAGAGUUUCAUGUACAGUGUAGUGUACAUAUUCUUGAGGGUUUUUGAUGUUCAUGCAUCUGAGUUCUGCCACCUUUUUAAGUUUUAACCUUUUUGCCUUUUAUGGUCUAGAGUUUGUGGAGGGUUUUGCUUUCCCUUCUUCUGUCUGUGCUCUUUAGCACAAAUGAGGAGUAUACUUUUUGCUUGCAUGUUAUGUUUGUUCACAAUGCCCACCUUGUUUGGACCUCAGAGCCUUAAUUCUAUAUUUGGGCAUUUUGAUCCUAAUUUGGAAGCAUGGAUUGUAGAAUCCAUUUGUUUUGCCUUUCAAACUCUCCUCACCAUGUAUAUAUAGUGUGUAAAUAGCUUUGGUUGCCACAUAAUAGAGUAUAUUUUGUUUAAUUUA